AUGACGAUCCGGUACCUCAAGAGCAGGUCGCAGACCUCCAACCAAUCCACCUCAACCCAGGUCGACGUGAGCGCCGUGGUAAAGGGAGUGAUUGACGAUGUCCGCGCCAACGGCGAUGUGGCCGUUCGUAAGUACUCGGAAAAGUUCGACAAAUGGUCCCCGGCCUCGUUCAAGCUGUCUCAGGCCGACAUCGAUGCCGCCAUUGCCGCUUGUCCACAACAAACGAUUGACGAUAUCAAGGAGGUACAAAGAAACGUGCGCGCCUUUGCGCAGGCCCAGAGGGACUCUAUCCGGGACUUUGAGUACGAGAUCCAACCGGGAGUGUACCUGGGCCAGAAGAAUCUCCCGAUCAACAGCGUUGGCGCGUACAUUCCCGGCGGGCGAUACCCGUUGCUCGCCUCCGCCCAUAUGACCAUCCUGACGGCCAAGGUGGCCGGAGUCCCUCACGUGGUCGGCUGCACUCCCCCCAUUGCUGGGCAGAUCCCCCAUGCCACGGUGGCGGCCAUGCAUUUGGCCGGAGCCGACGAGAUCCAUCUCCUGGGCGGGGUGCAGGCGAUCGCGGCGAUGGCAGUCGGCACCGAGACCAUCCGCAAGGUCGACUUCAUCGCGGGCCCGGGCAAUGCAUUUGUCGCCGAGGGGAAACGCCAACUAUUCGGCGAGGUGGGCAUUGAUCUGUUCGCCGGGCCGACCGAGAUCCUGAUCGUGGCCGACGAAACGGCGGAUCCGUUCACGGUGGCGACCGACAUUCUGUCCCAGGCUGAACACGGGCCCGAUUCGCCCGCCGUGAUUAUCACCACCUCGGAACGUGUGGGCCAGGCGGCCAUCGACAUCAUCGACCAGUUGCUCCCGAAUCUGCCCACGGGUGAGCUGGCGGGGACGUCGUGGGACCGAUUUGGGGAGGCGAUCGUCGUGGACUCGCUGGACGAUGCCUGGCAGUUGGCGGACGAGUAUGCAAGUGAGCAUGUGCAGAUCCUGACCCGGCGCCCACGCGAGGCGCUGGAGAAGAUGACGGCGUACGGCGCCCUGUUCCUGGGCGAGAAGACGUGCGUCUCCUACGGCGAUAAGGUGAUCGGAACCAACCACGUGCUGCCCACCAAGAAGGCAGCGCGAUACACCGGAGGCCUCUGGGUGGGCAAGUAUCUCCGGACGGUCACGUAUCAGGAGGUGACGAGCAGCACCGCCAGCGGCGAGUUGGGCCGGCUGUGUGGCCGGGCAGCCCGCGCGGAGAAAUUCGAGGGCCAUGCCCGGUCGGGGGAUCUACGCGCGCAGAAGUAUCUGGGCGACCGGUUUGCCUGGAUUCCCUCAUCCGACCAGGCCAAUCUGUAG